UCCUCUUCAUCUUUUCUCCCUCUCUGUGUCUCUGUGUGUCUGCCUUUCCGUGCUCGUAUCCUCUUUCUUCUUGCACUGGAUCAUGGACAAGGCGUCCUUGUCUUGCGCUUUUCACCUCUGUUGAAUCUCUUCCGCCCGCGUGAUGCCGCGGUCAGUCUCUUUCUUCUUUCCUGGGUUGGGACAUGAAUCAUCUCUCGGACAAGGCUCUUGGCUUCUCUCGGAUAAGUAGUUUGUGGUGAGCUGUGUGCCGGUGGUGGGUGCUCCCGAGCCUCGUGUUCUCUCAUCUGGUACGAGAAUCCGGCAAUCUUCUGAAGCCAAGAGCCUCUCCUCAUCAGGAGUUGGAGGAUUUGGUUCCAAGUAGGACAGACCCGGAAGGCGAGCCAUGCUGAAUUAUACAUCUCUGUUUCUAGGGGCAAUUUUUCUUCCUAGGGGAUAGCAAGGUGUUCAGGAGGAGUUGUGAUCUCAGUUAAAAAAAUACGGGAUUGUGCCAGCGUGCAGUUCUGAUGGUACGUUUGACUUGGGGAAAUCAAGGUGGAUACUUCAGAGUAGGGGGUGUUGCCAUGUGGAUAUGCCGCAGUUGGUGAGUGGAGGAUGGUGUGGGAACAAAUCCAACCAUCACAUGUUCAGUUACUGCAGCAAUCAUAUGCUGGUUUGCACUGUGAGACGAGGAAGCAGGUGCCCUGGUUCAAGAAAUGUUUCCCUUCACAGUACUACAUCUCCGUGCCCAUGAGGUUGUGGCUCUAUAGGCCUGUUCGCUUCAGCUUAUCAGCCGGCUUAUCAGCCACCGAACAGUAUUUUCCUCUCACAACAAAUCAGCCGUUUCAGCUUUUCAGCCGGCUUAUAAGCUCAGCCGAACAGGACUAACCAGGUGUUCCUGAUGGGGAUAGGGAUGAGAGGGCACUCACCACUCAGCUGGUUUGUGUUCCAAUCGUCAAGAGCUUUGCUCACUGCUCAGUGGUUCCUGUGCUGCAUGUUGAAUUCCUCAAGGCUACCAUAACAAGUGAGGAUAUGAAUUGGUGUUGUAUACCUAGAACCAAGAAACAGGAGAAUCCUUACUCCAACAGCAUCGGCGAUAUUUAUUCCGAGAAGAACAUAAGGCUCUUCUCCUAUGCGGAGUUAAGAUCUGCCACAGACAACUUCAAUCGCACAAACAAAGUAGGUCGAGGUGGCUUUGGGAUAGUUUAUAAGGGAACCAUUCGAAAUGGGCGAGAGGUCGCAGUAAAAGUUCUUUCUGCUGAAUCCAGGCAGGGCAUCAGAGAAUUCUUGACAGAAAUUGAUGUCAUUAGCAAUGUGAAGCAUCCCAACCUGGUUGAAUUAAUUGGUUGUUGCGUCGAAGGAAAUAACCGAAUUUUGGUGUAUGAAUAUCUUAAGAACAGCAGUCUUGACCGUGCACUAUUGGGUUCUAACAGUGAACCUGCUGACUUCACCUGGAGCAUAAGAUCUGCUAUAUGCCUUGGAGUUGCUCGAGGUCUUGCAUACCUGCAUGAAGAAAUUGCGUCACCGAUUGUGCAUAGAGACAUCAAGGCUAGCAAUAUACUUCUGGACAAAAAUUACAUCCCCAAGAUCGGGGACUUUGGUCUGGCCAAGCUAUUUCCUGAUAAUGUCACUCACAUCAGCACCCGGGUAGCUGGAACGACAGGCUACCUUGCACCUGAAUAUGCAUGGCAUGGCCAGUUAACGAAGAAAGCUGAUAUAUACAGCUUUGGGGUCCUUGUGCUGGAGAUAGUAAGCGGCACAAGUAGUUCCAGGAGCAUACUGAUAGAUGACAAGAUUCUUCUGGAGAAGAUAUGGGAGCUAUACGAAGCGAACAAGCUCAAGGAGCUGAUCGACCCGGCGAUCGGAGAUUACCCUGAAGAAGAAGUCAUCCGGUACAUCAAGGUGGCCCUCUUCUGCAUACAGGCGGCGGCGAACCGGCGGCCGUCGAUGCCGCAGGUCGUCACCAUGCUGUCCAAGCCGAUCCGGAUCAACGAGAGGGAGCUGACGGCGCCGGGAUACAUCCACGAGUACAAGAGCAAUGAGUCCAAGGCGAGUACGUCGAGCCACUCGAGGUCCAAGAACACGGCGUCUGAGGACUCCAACGUGUUCAGCACCGUCGUUCCACCGACGGUGACUGAGAUGAGCCCCCGGUGAAGGAACACCAGGCAGCAGAUGUAAUCUAUCCUUGCGUUGUGAACUGGCGAUGUAGAGUGACCGGCCUGACGGUAUAAUAGAGUGCAUGUGUGUCAAUGUGUUGUGUUGUUUUUCCAACUGCAAAUGCGGCAUCUAGAUCUUGUACAUAUAGAUUAGUGAUUCUUGCCAGGGCAAUGCAAGACUGCUGCUUAUUGCACAGCUUGAGAUAUCAGUAAUCAUGUUGCAGCAGUA